AUGGAUAAAGAUUACGCGAGCUACAGCACCAGCGAGCUGGUCGGGCGCAUCACGGCGCUGGAACAGCAACUGCGUGAACAGACAGCGCUGCUGGCCUCGUUGACGACUUGCGGGAAUGACUCGAAAUCUCUACAACCUUCCCACCCUACGAUCACAUCUCUACUCCCAGACCGCCCUUCUACAACCGCGCAAAACCCCCUUGCUAAUCCGUCACGGCCACGAUCCCGGUCGCAAUCGCGCUCGCGCUCACACUCGCCGAGGCGUGCCCGCCCAUUCAACCCGGCAGCAUACUCGACGCGGCACAUUGCCCUGAAGUUCGCGUACCUGGGCGGGCGGUACGGCGGGUACGAGCACGCGAAUGGCAAUGUGACGGCGCAGCCGACGGUCGAGGAGGUGCUGUGGAAGGCGCUGCGCAAGGCGCGGCUGAUCUCGCCCAGCUUGGCCGAGGGGAGCGACGAGAGCUACGACGUGGUGUGGGGCGAGGACAAGAGGCGGGAGACAUACGUCAAGGGGAGGAGUGCGCGAGAGUCAGGAGCGCCGAGGUCUGGUCCGGGACCCAACGUGCAGGGCAGGGUCCGGCUGGACCUCAGCUGGGAAGGCUGCCAGUACAGUAAAUGCGGGAGGACGGACAGGGGCGUGUCCGCGUUCGGCCAGGUCAUUGGGGUUCGAGUCAGGAGUAAUCGGGCGCUUGAGACCAGUCGAGAACCCGCUCCGGAGGAAUCUGUGCAAGGAGAAGGGGACGGGGAGCAGCACGCGGGUGCGGAGGAACAUGAAAGUGGCCAAGGCGAUAUUAUGCCAUCCAUAGACGCCGCGGACCUCGCAGCGGAUCAACACGCAAAGCCCUUCGACCCCGUCAAAGACGAGCUACCGUACAUAUCCCUCCUCAAUUCGAUCCUCCCGCCCGACAUCCGCGUUCUGGCCUGGUGCCCCUCCCCGCCACCCACGUUCGACGCGCGCUUCUCCUGCCGCGAGCGCCGGUACAAAUACUUCUUCACGAACCCGGCGUUCUGCCCCACGCCCGGCCCUCUCGGCCUUCGGCGCUCGGACGGAAAGAGUCCCGCCGGCGUCGUCAGGGAGGGCUGGCUCGACAUCGACAAGAUGAGGCAAGCCGCGAGCAAGCUUGUCGGGGUGCACGACUUCAGAAACCUCUGCAAGAUCGACGCGAGCAAACAGAUGCCCAACUGCGUGAGGAGGAUCACGUUUGCCGACGUGGUCGAGUUUCCCCAGAAUGGGAGGAUGUUUCUGGAACACGAGGCCCUGAAUCAGACCGGGUCGGCUUCGUCCGCGCUCGCAAAUGGAACGGUUCCCCCCGCUUCUGGAGGCCCAAAGGUGUAUACUUUCUGCGUCCACGGCACCGCGUUCCUGUGGCAUCAGGUGCGGUGCAUGGUGGCAUUAUUGUUCCUGGUCGGCCAGGGCCUCGAGGAACCGAGUAUUAUCGAUGAGUUGCUUGAUGUCGAGAAGAACCCCCGUCGACCCACGUACGAGAUGGCCGACGACGCGCCAUUGGUGCUGUGGGACUGCAUCUUUCCCGACAGUGACAGCGGGGAGGGCGGAGUGAUGGAAGAUUCAUUGAACUGGCUGUAUGCUGGGGACGCAGCCACGGUGCCCGCGCUCACGACAAACUCUACCAAGAACGACGGGAAAUUCGGCACUGGCUCGGUCGUCGACGAACUCUGGACCCAGUGGCGAGAAGCAAAGACGCAAGAACUCCUCUCUGGCAGUCUCCUCGAUCUGGCGCUCUCUCAGGGUGACGGCACCCCCUUCCAGAGAGGCGCGACACGGGAUGGACCCCGAAAGUCGGGAGCGCGAAGUCAGAAGGUCUUUGACGGGAGUAGCAGAGCCAGAAUCAGUGGUCGAUAUGUGCCCGUGAUGAAGAAGCCGAGGAUGGAUACCUUGGAGGUGUUGAAUGCCAAGUGGGCAAAGAGUCGGGAAGCGAGAGAUAAAGCCAAGGAGGAGUUUGAAGAGACGAAUGCCGCAGUUGAAUAG